AUGGACACUUAUCCUUCUCAAUCAACAACACUUGCAGCUGUUGAUAUUAAUACAGUUCGUUUUCAAGAAUUAGGUGAAAUACUCGACAUUCUGUCAUGUAAGUUAAAUAUAUUGAAUAGUGAUGAACAAGAACAACUUAAUAAUAAAUUAUUUCAAUGUCGAGCAAAAUCUCCAACAUUGACAUUAGAUUUUUUACAAUCUAAAUUG